ACACGGUUGUGUGUGUGUGUGUGUGUGCGUAUGUGUGUAUGUACGUGCUAGCGCGCGCGAGUACCGCGUCUGACAUCGAGUCGCAAUUAGUUGGUAAACUGGUCAAGCUUGGGAGUUAGUAAGGUCGAGUGCGAAGAAAGUAACUUCAACGAAGAGAGAAUAAGUAGUUUGAAUUGUGUUCUCGCAGGUUCUUUCGCGGCGAGUAAAAAUAUAUAAUCCGAUCUUUUGUGAUAUAAAUCUGUGCGUGUGAGUCGAGCAUCGAGCAGUGACAACAAUGUCCGUGAUUAUGGAUUGUUUUCAUCAGUAGCGGGCGCUCUGCGGCGUUGAAGUUUGUCGUCUCCUUCUCUUGCGUUCCUUCUCGCACUGUGCGAAGCGAGUCUCCUUUUCUAACCGCUGAGAAAACAGUGCGUUGCCUCUCGAGCAUUUUCAUUGUUAUCUGAGAGCAGAGCGGAGUGUCAUCUUGUUCUCUGUGUUCUUGUACGCGGUGUAUAUACGCGUUUUUUUUCGCGCGAUCUUUUCGCCCGAAGAGACGAUAUAGCUUUUCGGGAGCCAGUCCAAGUGAGAGAGAGAUAGAGAUAGAGAUCAAAAAAAAAAAAGGCCAGCGCCCCUUUGUUUCCCGAAGUGAGUCCCAUCGCGUUUUCUCUUUGUGUGGUGUCGCGUUUCUCGCUCGCUCCAAUCUUCUCUGUGUGUUUAUCUUUUUUUCUCGCUCUAUCGGCAAGCAUUGCACAAAAAAAAAAAAAAACAAGCGCCCACACACGACAAUCCGCGUCUGAGAAGUGAAUCUAAUCUCGCGCUCUCUCCCGCGUAUAAAAACUCGAACACUCUCCCCUCGUAAUAAUCCUUAACCAGCUAUCUGUAAUGUGCAAGUACAGCGAAGAAGCCGCGAAGAUCAUUACGUCAACGAUUAAUCUCGUGCACUCAAAGAGGAAAGGAAUUUUCAUACACAUAAAAGAGAUGCCCAACGACCUGAUAAGUCUUCGAAGUCAAAGAAGCUUCUUAACGUUUCGCUCGUACUGAACGAGAAGAUUUUGAGAUUGUAGAGACAGAAAUUUUUCAAGUAACGACGUCACCGAUCUAAAGAAGAAACAGAUCGAGAAUCUCGCUCGAAAGGCAUAAGUGAGCUAACAGUGGCUCCAAGGCCGCGGGAAUGUCAACGCUGUAAAAGGCCAGGACCAGAGGAGAACCUUGUUAAGACGAAUCUCACGCGAGAGAGAGAGAGCAAAACAACAGUUUUUCCAGUCAAGAACAGGAGAUUUCGUACAGAUUUUGUAAGGAGAGAGAUUGUGUUAACUUGUCAUCAGGAUGAAGCUGCUGGAGAAUACACGUUUUGAAGCUAUAAACAGUGCCUUGUCCAUCAAGACCGGAGACAGCAAGAUACUUGGCAGGAUUGAGAGUUAUUCCUGCAAAAUGGCAGGCAAUGACAAGCAGAUGUACAAGCGAUUCAAUUCAGAGGAGGGAGUCACGCCGCAUGAUCUACAAGCAUUGUCACCACCCCAGACAUCAGGAACAUCUCCGGCACAAGGAUACUUGAGUCGUAGUGUUUCCGGCGAUGAAGAAGGUCCUCUGUGUGACACAAUCAGCAGGAAGACGUUGUUUUAUUUGAUUGCUACGUUAAACGCAGCCUUUAAUCCAGAUUAUGAUUUCUCAAAUGCAAAGAGCCACGAGUUCAGCAGAGAGCCGAGCCUACAGUGUGUAAUGAAUUCGAUCGACAACAAUCUCAGCGCCACCGCGGGCGAUCAUUACCGCUCGUUGCAGACCGCUCUCUGGGCGGCUGUUGAUGACGAGAUAACGCUGCAGGAAUGUGAUAUCUAUAGUUAUCACCCGGAUUUUGCAUCAGAUCCGUUCGGCGAAGACGGCUGUCUGUGGUCCUUCAAUUAUUUCUUCUACAACAAGAAGAAGAAACGCAUCGUAUUUUUCACAUGCAGAGCGAUAAAUCCUCUUUACGUUUUGGAUUCUGGAGUUGGUAGUGACUUUGCUAUGGAUGAAGACGACGAAGAUUAAAAUGAUCAAUCAUCUGUAAAACACGUACACGUGUGUAUGCGUGCAUACACACACACACACACAAUACAUGUUUGCAAUCCUUAUAAGUUCAUAUCUUUUUUUUUUAAUAUAAUUGGUCGUUUAUUCUCGACUGCAUUGUAUAACGUCGAUUUAACACGUCGCUGACGCGCAAAACUGUACACUAAUAUUUUAUUGUUACAUUCGAAUAAUUCGAACCGCGCAAAAAUUGCUGCUCGCAUAAAACAACAUUUAAUCCGUAAUUUUUCCUUUCCGACACAGAGCACAUGAAAUCAAGUAGCACGCGAUUCUGUCGAAUGUCUGAAGAUACCAGAGAUAAUAACAGUUUAGGGUAAACGUCUGUUAUCUAUGUUUGUGUCCAUUCGAAAUGCGACUACAUUUCUUCGUUACAAUAACAACGCGGCGCGCUUUUUAGAAAAAGUGUUUGACACUAUUCUGAUUUUCGUAACAAGGCGCAUCGGGUUUCAUAUGUGUCGCUUUUCAGUUAUUAAUCAUGCUUUGUAGCACAAGUUGUUCUGUUUUUAUUUAUCACGACAUUUCGCAGAACCUCUGUAGGUUUAUUCGCGAGUUUUUCGAAUUUCUCCCUCACACGCUCGAUCGAGCGAGCAUAUGCGAUCUCUCAAACUUCUGACAACUUAUUACUCGUUCAAAUUCCAAGUUCUAGCACAUAAAUACAGUGAAGAGUAAGAGAUUUUUUUUUGUGGUUCGCGCGAAAGCGAUGUUGAAUAACUUUUACUGAGAUCUAACAAGAGAGAUAAUUUGUCUUUUAAGAAAUGUUUGUGUAUACAUAUAUACACAUUUAUAUAUAUAUAUAUAUAUAUAUAUAUAUGUAUGUAUGUAUACAUUUACACAUACACGUAUAUGUAGUAUAUUAUAUCUCUUAUAUAGUGAAAAAAAAUCUUAUAAAUUAGAGCAAACGUUAUAGAAUGAAAAUUCUUCUGUCUGUUCGUAAAACAUGAUUAUAUUACAUUAUAUUGUCAAUAGACAUGUUGGAUGUAUAUUUUCAAGGUAAAGAAUAUUGUAUGGAAUAAAAAACCGUCAUUU